AUGAGGACAUCACACCUUGCUGACGAUGAUUCUCGCACACCAGCAACCGAAACAUCCCCGUUGCUGGGAGCUCGAGCGGUGAAUGACUCGUUAAACGGCCCUUCAACUGCAGGGGUAGGAGCUGGCAAUGGACAGCCGAAGCCAGAUGAGGAGACAGCCGGUGGCAAUGGGAUUGAUGAUGCGAGAAUUGCUCAAUUCAAAGGCGUUCCGGAGUUGCAGAAGCGACUCAAGUACAUCGUACCGGCAAUUACUAUCGGAGUCUUCCUUUCCUCCGCUGAUCAAACCAUUAUCGUUGCAAGCUACGGCAAGAUUGGCAGUGACCUCAAUGCUCUCAAUUUGACUAGCUGGAUCGCUACUUCAUACUUCCUAUCCUUGACCGCCUUUCAACCGCUAUAUGGCCGCCUCAGUGACAUAUUCGGAAGAAAAGCAUGUUUAUUGUUUGGAUAUACGAUAUUUGGCACUGGGUGUGUCUUGUGCGGAUUGGCUCAGAACAUUAAGCAAUUGAUCGCUGCACGGGUGUUCCAGGGAAUUGGAGGAGGAGGUUUAUCGACUGUUGUUAGCAUUAUCAUGAGUGACAUUGUUCCAUUGAGAGACCGUGGUGUAUGGCAGGGUGUCAUCAAUAUCGUUUGGUCCGCUGGAUCUGGCCUUGGAGCGCCCCUAGGUGGAUUUCUAGCAGAUACUAUCGGGUGGCGCUGGGCUUUCCUUGCCCAAGGACCAUGCUGUUUACUUGCAUUCAUCGUUGUAGGACUUACUCUAAAGAUGCCGACAACUGAUCAAUCAAACUGGAAAGAGAAGCUAAAACGGGUUGAUUUCCUUGGAGCGUUCGUUCUCGUUAUUGCCGUGUUUGGGCUCAUCCUCGGUUUAGACAGGGGAGGGAACGUCUCUUGGACCAUGCCUUUAACCAUCAUCUCGCUGUCUAUAUCUGUGGUGGCAUUCAUUCUAUUUAUGGCAAUCGAGGCACGAUUCGCCGUCGCUCCAUUUGCUCCCCUCCACAUCACCUUUGGCCGUGAUCUAGUUGCAUGCUACCUAACCAACUUCUUUAGUUUUGGUGGAUGGCUCGCUGCCAUCUUCUAUAUCCCGCUAUUCUUCCAGGCUAGUGACGGUAGCUCUGCUGCUAGUGCUGGGAUUAAGCUUCUGCCCUCCAUCCUGCUCGGAGUGUCUGGUUCACUAUUCGGAGGUUGGCUUAUGAAGAAGACCGGCAAGUAUUACUGGAUCACAUUCUACUCAUAUGCUCUAUUGGUUGCCGGCCUUGUCGUGAUUACCCUGUUCUCCGGCGUCAUAACCAAGAGUACCCCGUUGAUCAUCAUCGGAAUGACUAUGUGCGCAUUUGGAAAUGGCAUUGGAGUUACAACGACACUUAUUGCAUUAAUUGCAAAUGCUUCCCCUGAGGACCAAGCUGUUGCUACAGCCUGUUCAUAUCUAUAUCGCUCUCUAGGGUCAGUCAUCACGAUAUCGUUAUCCGCCAGUAUUGUACAGCAAUUCCUCAGGAGCUCCCUACGGUCUGCACUGAAGGGCAAUAAGAACAUCGAUGAAAUUGUGGACGGAGUCAGGCAGAGUCUUGAUUAUAUCAAACACCUUGACCCACACUUGAGGGAAGUGGUUCGAGAUUGCUACGGCCGCUCCACGACCACGGCGUUUGGUUUUAUGACCAUCCUCGUUUUCCUGGCGUUUAUCAGCGCUGUGUUUAUCCGAGAACAAAAGUUAAGCGCAUAA